AUGACUUCGAUUGAACAAGAAGAUCAGCAAUACCUGCAAGAUGUGGAAGCGGUCAAGAAGUGGUGGUCGGACUCCCGAUGGAGAUAUACCAGACGGCCCUACACAGCCGAGCAGAUUGUCCAGAAACGAGGCACCAUCAAGAUCGACUACCCAAGCAAUGUUCAGGCCAAGAAGCUGUGGAAGUUGAUUGAGAACCGAUAUGCUACCAAAACUGCCUCGACAACGUACGGAUGUCUCGAGCCCACCAUGCUCACCCAGAUGAACAAGUAUCUCGACACCGUUUACGUCUCUGGCUGGCAAUGUUCCUCUACCGCCUCCUCUACCGACGAGCCAUCUCCCGAUUUGGCCGACUAUCCCAUGAACACCGUGCCGAACAAGGUCAACCAAUUGUUUAUGGCCCAACUGUUCCAUGACCGCAAGCAAAGGGAAGAACGUCUCACUACUCCCAAAGAGAAGCGAGCCUCCGUCGCCAAUGUUGACUACCUACGACCCAUCAUUGCUGACGCUGACACUGGUCACGGGGGACUGACUGCGGUGAUGAAACUUACCAAGCUGUUCGUCGAGAGGGGCGCCGCCGGGAUCCAUAUUGAGGACCAGGCUCCAGGAACAAAGAAGUGUGGACACAUGGCCGGAAAGGUGCUGGUGCCUGUUUCGGAACACAUCAACCGUCUCGUAGCCAUCCGUGCUCAAGCCGACAUCAUGGGCGUGGAUUUGUUGGCGGUCGCUCGAACCGACGCUGAGGCGGCCACCUUGAUCACCACCACCAUCGACCAUCGAGAUCACGCUUACAUCCUCGGUUCCACCAAUGCCAACCUCCAACCCCUCAACGAUCUCAUGUUCGCCGCCGAACAGGCCGGCAAGAACGGUGAACAGCUACAAGCCAUCGAAGACAACUGGACGCAACAGGCCGGACUGAAACUGUUUGACGACGCCGUGAUCGACGCCAUCAACGCCGGCGUGCACGUCGACAAAGCCUCCUUGGUGGCCAAAUACAAAGGUGCCUCCAAGGGGAGAUCCAACAACGAAUGCCGUGCCAUCGCCCGCGGUCUCACGGGCACGGAUAUCUUCUGGGACUGGGACGCCCCGAGGACGCGCGAAGGCUACUACCGGCUCUCCGGCGGCUGCCAAUGCGCCAUCAACCGCGCCAUCGCGUAUGCUCCGUACGCCGACAUGAUCUGGAUGGAAAGCAAGCUGCCUGAUUACGCCCAAGCGCAGGAAUUCGCCGAGGGUGUUCAUGCCGUUUGGCCCGAACAGAAACUCGCCUACAACCUCUCCCCAUCCUUCAACUGGAAGGCCGCCAUGUCCGCCAACGACCAGGAAACAUAUAUCCAGCGCCUCGGCGAGUUGGGCUACUGCUGGCAGUUCAUCACGCUGGCCGGUCUCCAUUCGACCGCCUUGAUCUCCGAUACCUUUGCCAAACAAUUUGCCAAGCGCGGCAUGCGUGCCUACGGCGAGUUGAUCCAGGAGCCGGAGAUGGCAGCCAAGAUCGACGUCGUCACGCAUCAGAAGUGGUCGGGUGCCAAUUAUGUCGAUGGGUUGCUGAAGAUGGUGCAGGGCGGCGUUAGUAGUACCGCUGCCAUGGGCAAGGGGGUGACUGAGGACCAGUUUCAUUGA